AUGUCUGCCUCGGAUGAAGAUGCCGAGAAGAGGGCCAAAACGGCUAUCCAGCCUACUAACUCUAAUGGAUCUCCCGUCUACGAUGUGGAUAUUGAGACCUCACAUGUCUACCAGGGAGAAGGCCUGAAGCGAAAUCUCAAGGGCCGCCACAUGCAGAUGAUUGCUAUUGGCGGUGCUAUUGGUGCUGGUCUCUUCGUUAGCACUGGAAGUGCCCUCCAGACUGGAGGUCCUGCUUCUCUGCUCCUUGGUUAUUUGAUCGUCGGUUUCAUGCUUCUCUUGACCAUCCACGCUCUGGGUGAACUGGCUGUUCAAUACCCCAUCAACGGUGCCUUUUUCACUUACUGCAUUCGGUUCAUCAGUCCCGCAUGGGGUUUUGCUGUUGGAUGGGAUUACGCAAUAUCAUGGCUUAUUAUCCUUCCAUUUGAACUCACCGCCGCAAGUAUCACUAUCCAGUACUGGCGAGACGAUUUAAACGUCGGUAUCUGGAUUACCGUCUUCCUCGUCGUCCUCUCUUGCAUCCAAUUCUUCGGUGUCCGCGGUUAUGGUGAAGUCGAGUUUGCCCUCGGUUGCAUCAAAGUCAUCGCCUUGCUCGGAUUCAUCAUCCUCGGGAUCGUCAUCGACUGCGGCGGUGCCCCCAAGGGUGGCUACAUCGGAGCUAAAUACUGGCACAACCCUGGAGCUUUCACCGACUUCUAUGGUUUCUGCGCUGUGUUCACCACUGCUGCUUUCGCUUUUGGUGGUACUGAGAUGAGUGGCCUUGCUGCUGCUGAGGCUGCUAACCCUGCCAAAUCUGUCCCCAAGGCCUGCAAGCAGGUUUUCUGGCGUAUCAUGAUCUUCUACGUCCUUGGAACAUUCAUUGUUGGUCUGAUCGUGCCACACAACGCCGACUACCUCCUCGGUGCUUCCGGUGCCAAUACUAAGGCCUCCCCCUUCGUCGUCUCCAUCAAGAAUGCUGGUAUCUCCGGUCUCCCCUCAGUCAUGAACGCCGUCAUCACCAUCUCCGUCAUCAGUGUUGCCAACUCUGCCACCUACGGAUCAACUCGUACCAUUCAAGCUCUGGCCAGCCGCGGCAUGGCUCCUCGCUUCCUCGCCUACAUUGACAAGAGCGGCCGUCCUCUCUGGUGCAUCCUGCUGCAGAUCGCCUUCGGAUUCCUUGCCUUCAUCAAUGAAGCCACUGCGACUGGCGGGGUCAUCUUCACCUGGCUACUGGCUUUGUCCGGUAUCUCCUACUUCUUCGUUUGGGGCAGCAUCUGCUUCGCGCACAUUCGCUUCCGAAAGGCUUGGGCCUAUAACGGCCGCGACGUGAAGGAGCUAGCUUACGCCGCUCCUCUUGGUAUUAUCGGUAGCUACAUUGGUAUUGGUCUCAACGCCCUCUGCCUUAUAGCCGAGUUCUACGUCUCUGUCGCCCCCAAGAGUGCUGAGGUUUUCUUCGAGAAUUACCUUGCUGGUCCUAUUAUCAUUGGCCUCUUCUUCAUCUGGAUCAUUUAUACCUAUUUCAACAAGAAUCCUGACCUUGACCGUGGUGGCUGGUUUAUUAGGGUGGAAGAUAUGGAUAUCACAAGCAACUGCCGUGAUACCGCUCUUGAUGUCGACUUGCCUCCUAAAAUCGAGUAUGCUACCUGGGGAGAUUGGUUCAAGGCUGCGCCUAUGAGAAUUGUUCGCUCAGUCUUCUGA